GGGGGGGGAUGAUAAAAGAACCAGGGUCUUAGAAAACUAUUCCUUACCAGUCAAAAACACAGAAGAGCCUCGGGGUCUGAAUUCAAACAAUAAUCUUAUCAGUACCAAUAAAAACUCCAGGAAGAGAGAGGUGUGGAGUUGUUGAAGUCUUCCAGCUGAAUACCCAGGCCCCAUUAGGACUUAUCACCUUCUGCCCUGACCACUCCCAUCAGAGAGACUUUGGGAACCCAGCCAGAUAGCUUAUUAGCAGUCACCUCAUCAAAAGUGUCUCCACAACUAUCCUGGCAACCUGGGUGAAGACAGGCAGUCAAGAUAAACCUGAUGGACAACUUAUGAGACACUUAGGGUUGACAGCAGGGUGGAUGCUGGCUCACAGCUGGAAUUAGGGAGGCCGACUUCCAAGGGAAGCAGAGAAAAGUCCUUGAAAGCCAAGAGAAUGUAAGAGCCUAAAGUUAAGCUGGGCAGUGGUGGCGCAGGCCUUUAGUCUCAGCACCGGGGAGGCAGAGGUGGGUGGAUCUCUGAGUUCGUAGGCCAGCCUGGUCUACAGAGUGAGUUCCAGGACAGCCAGGGCUACACAGAGAAACCCUGUUUCUGUAACACACAAAACAAACAAAAAACAACUAAAGUCAGUGUCAGAGAGCCCAUAGAAUGGGGAACCUUCUUUUACCUGGUUCAUGUGUCCGGGCAAGCCUCCUUGAAGUGUAGAACUUAACGGUCCCUCCCCCGACUUGAAGCUCCCAAGUUACAGCCACAACUGUGCAAGCCGUUGGUGUUGGGUAUUUGCGCUCAGGCGCCAGGUACAAGCACCUGCCUGCGGUGUAGCCAGACUGUAAGGCUUAUUGGAGGCGGGGUGGGGAAGGCUAGGCAUAGGGCGGGGCCCUACGUUUUUCUCAAAGCCCUAAGUGGACCCACAGCGGCAGGAGUGCAGUGGGCGGGGCUGUGAAGCCCGGGUUCUUUUUUUCCCUUCCCAACCGCCACAGAAGUUCUGAGUGGGUGGGGCCAGUGUCCAGAACUCAGGCUCCUGGGGCACAGGUCCUUUACUAGCGGCACGCACAGGUUGUGCUACCUGGUCUUGACCUCCUGCAGCUCGUGCGGACUCGCAGGAUACAACUCUCACGCUGGGAAGGAAUGAGUCUCCCUGACGUUUCGCAGCGAAGGAGUUCUGUGCGCCAUGAUCCCUCGCUCGACUGGCCCCCGACACCCGACGCCCUGAGGCCUUCACCCUUCCCGCACCCCGCGCUACAAGCCCUCAACAGCUUGUGCCUCAUGCUGCUCUUCCCAGCCUACUGGUCUCUGGACCAGUUGCUGGGCUGCUGGGCACCAAUGGCACGAUCCAGCAGCUUGGGGUGGCUCAAAGUCCUGGCGGGAAGUGGGGCGGCGUUGCUAUCGCUGACGGUAGUUGGCCUACCCCUGGCGAUGUUUGCCCUUGUGCUCUGGCUGCCCCUACAGGUCUGCCGCCGCCCCUUCUGCUAUCUGCCCCCUCCGGCCUGCUGGGUGUGGCCACAGCCCUGGCACCCGCCUGCUGAGCGCGUGCGCUGCUUUGUCUUUUUCACUGCCAAUCUGUGCCUGCUCCCUGAUGGGCUGGCUCGCUUCAGCAACCUGUCGCACAGCCAGCAGCGUGCAGAGGCCAUUGGCGCUACACUGCUAAGUGGCCUUCGAACCUCACACUAUGGGGCUACCGGAUGCAGCCAGCCGCUGUCUGAGGUGCCUGGUGGUGUGCUGAGGGCCACAAUACCCACGGGUUUGGACUUCGUGUGCCUGCAGGAAGUGUUCGAUCUCCGCGCAGCUCGUCGUCUUGUGCGCGCCUUGGGGCCAAAUCUGGGCCCAGUGCUAUACGAUGUGGGCACAUUUGGCUUACUGCCCGGGCCGUACUUCAAGGUACUGGGCAGUGGGCUUCUACUAGCCUCGCGCUACCCGCUGCUGCGUGCCACCUUCCGUUGCUUUCCAGAUGCUCGUCGCGAGGACGCCAUGGCCUCUAAAGGUCUACUAUCUGCCCAGGCACAACUGGGCAUCCUGGACGGGCGCCGUAUCGUGGGAUACCUUCAUUGCACACACUUGCAGGCACCCACUGAAGACGGGCAUGUUCGCUGCAAACAGAUGACGCUGCUGCUGGAAUGGGUGGAGGAGUUUGAGGCUGAGAGCCGCCACAUUGGUGAGGUUGUGGCCUUCAGCGUCCUCCUAGGAGACCUAAACUUUGACAACAGCUCACGAGGUGAGGAACUGGCGCGGGUGGAGCGCAGAGACCCAGCUCUGCCUGCUGAGAAACGGUUUUCCUCUACAGAUCACGCAAAGGAGCAGGGGCACAAACUCUUCAGCUGCUUCCAGGACCCCUGCCGGCUAGGCACCCGCCAGGAGCAGCCCUGGGCCUUGGGGACGAUUUUGAGCACUUCCAUGCUACACCAUGCCAUUGCCAGCUCCCCAGAGAUGCUUCGGAGGGCCCUGGAGCAGGAAAAAGGGCGCCGCCUCUACCUGGCAGGAAGUAGAAGUCACUCCAGUAAAUCCUGGCGGGGCCGGCGCCUGGACUAUAUCACCUACCGCGGAAUACCCGGGAGUCGCCUGAUUCCAACCGCUGAAGAUCACAUGACUCCUGAUGAGAAGCAAGUACUGCCCUAUGCAAGGCCUGCUCUUGCAGCAUGGAGUAUAAUUUCAGAGCCAAGGCCACACUGCUCACCCCACCACCCGCGAGAAUCCUGCCCUUCCCCUUGGCACACACUUGCCAGGUUACCACACGUAACAAGAGCCAAUGCUACCCUACUCGUCUGUACUUCGGCCUGGUAUGCACCCCCACCCCCAUGUCCUACAUCAUGUAUGCCACCAUAUCACACACGCGCUACAAGGAGGACAGCGGUGUCCACUCACCAGCGAUGCUCAUGAAGCGGUGUGAAAAGAUAGACAGCUGGAUGGGGUCCAGUUUGGUGCCCGCCAUGCUGGGAGCCUCAGCUCCCACAGAAAUGCGGAUGUCCCCUGUCUCAGUCACCUCUGCUUGGCAACCUGGUUCUACGAGGAUGGUGCUGGGGGCAGGGGACACAGAGGAGCUACAAGAAGGCUGGCCAGGGAUGCCACUGCUCCAUGCCAGGAGAUACCCCAGUGAUGGAACCUCUGCAGCCCUGAGCCAAGGGAUCUGCUGUGAAGGGUCCUGCAAUACCCCCUCCAAGGCUAAGCCAUCCCAGGCUUACCUGUUGUUGUCGAUGAUAAGGCAGGGCCCCUGGAGCUGGUGCCCAUAGCCCAGCUCUCCUAAAAGGUACACGGGGGUCUCCUGAUAACCCCCCUCAAAGUAGCACUGGGUCACCUGCAGAGGGUGUGGAAUGAGCUAGGCUCCUAGAUCAUCCUUCCUGAGGCCCUCAACAUGGCUGGGCCUCCCCAUCAGCACUUGUCCCCAGGUCCUGAGGAUGUAGGUGGACCCGCACAGCAAAGCCUCCAACCUUGUCCACCCGCGGAGGUCCACUCUGGGCUUUGCGGGUGUCCUCCAGCCGAAGUCCACUCCGGCCAGUUCCCCUCACUCGCACAUCGUCUACCACCACCGGCCGCUCAGGAAUGAUGAAGCCAAACUCUCUCAUGUACCUGAACCCACCCAUCCAAGGGAGCAAUCAGAACGAGGCAACCGGACCAGCAGGCCACACGCUGGACUCACAGAACGGCACAUAUACCUCUCCACAAAGGCUGCUCCAAAGUCGCCAGCACGGGGUGAGCGGGCUGUGGCCGGAUGCUGAUGGGCAGACACCAUCAGGGCACAGUCGGUGCCUUGGUAACGAAGAUGCAGGAAGCCUUCAGUGCUGAUCUGAGACCUGCAGGAUGCAGGUUGGGCUACUCACCCAGUGCCUUCUGAGGAUGCCUGCCCUGCUUCCUCAGGCACUCUGAGCCCAUUGUCCUGAAGACCCAGGAACAUCUGGUAAGACAUCCAGCGGUACACCACCAAACGGGUGGUAGAGAUAAUGCCAGCCCUGUGUUCAGUGGUCCAUGAGUCUACCUAGGGAAGCCCUGGGCCCGCAAGGCAUCCACACACUGCUCCUCCAGGCGGCUCAGUCUCUGGUCCAGUUGCAUAAAGGUUUCGGGUGUGUAAGACAGGGAACAGGGCUCCUGGGCUUCGUGAACCACAUCUGCCAAGGCCAGCCCCAGUGCCGACAGCAGCCCACUGUGCCUGCAGAAAUGGGUGGCAAGGAAGUGUGGGGACACUCUCCAAAGUCACCUCCCCCAGCCAAGGGCAUAUGCGCCCAUGCAGACCCACCUGUGAAUAUGUACAGUGUCCAUACCCAGGGCCCGGGCUAUGGCACAAGCGUGCUGCCCACCAGCUCCUCCGAAGCAGGCCAGCACGUGGGCUGAGGGGUCAUGGCCUCGUGCCUGGUGAUCCAGGAAGGUCAGUAAAUAGUCUUUCCUACCUGGGACAGCACCCCCACCCGAUCCCAUUUCUGUUGGUCUGAGAGAGUGUGGGAGCAGGGCCAGGACAGACAGGUGGUGGUGGGACA